UGCAGUUUAGCGCCCUUAGCCUAAUUGGCUAACUGCCAUUCCUUUGAGCUUUUAUUGUUAUAAAUAAAUAAAUAAAUAAAAUUUUUAUUGAUCAAAUCGGGGGUGCAAUUGAUCAAAUUGUUUUGGGAAUCGAAAGCCCAGGUCAAUACUCGAUAGUGGAAGAAGAUGAGUAGCCAAGUAGCUCCUCCGCCGAGGAGGAGCAGUCUCAACCAGAAACGUGGGGCUUCCACCAAGAAAUCGGCUGCCACCGAGAACGGCACCAACGGAAAUGUUUCUAGACCUCCCUCUCCUCCUGCCCAAUCGUCCGUUAGUGGAGAGAGGACGGUGAAAAAGCUGAGGUUGUCCAAAGCCCUCACGAUACCUGAGGGGACAACUGUGUCCAAUGCUUGCCGCAGGAUGGCAGCUCGUCGUGUGGAUGCUGUGUUGUUGACUGAUGCCAAUGCUUUGCUAUCUGGGAUUGUUACUGACAAGGACAUUGCCACUAGGGUGAUAGCAGAGGGGUUGAAACCAGAGCAGACCAUAGUGUCGAAAGUCAUGACUCGAAAUCCUAUUUUCGUCACUUCAGAUUCCUUAGCCAUUGAAGCUCUCCAGAAGAUGGUCCAGGGAAAAUUUAGGCAUCUCCCUGUUGUGGAGAAUGGUGAAGUUAUUGCAUUGCUUGAUAUCACAAAAUGCCUCUAUGAUGCUAUAUCCAGAAUGGAGAAGGCUGCUGAGCAGGGUAGUGCCAUUGCUGCUGCAGUUGAAGGGGUGGAACGCCAAUGUGGAAGCAAUUUUUCUGCUCCUUAUGCCUUCAUGGAAACUCUGAGGGAGCGGAUGUUCAAGCCUUCAUUGUCAACUAUAAUUGCUGAACAUACCAAGCCUGCGAUUUCUUCGCCAUCGGAUCCUGUGUAUGUUGCUGCAAAGAAGAUGAGGGAGCUGCGUGUUAACUCAGUUGUUGUUGUGACCGGGAACAAAACACAGGGGAUACUCACUUCAAAAGAUAUCCUAAUGCGAGUUGUGGCGCAAAAUCUGUCACCUGAGUUGACUUUGGUGGAAAAGGUAAUGACACCAAAUCCUCAAUGUGCAACACUGGAAACAACAAUCCUUGAUGCAUUGCAUAUAAUGCAUGAUGGGAAGUUUUUGCAUCUUCCUGUUGUGGACAAAGAUGGAUCUGUUGCUGCUUGUAUCGAUGUUCUGCAGAUCACUCAUGCAGCAAUUUCUAUGGUUGAAAAUGGCUCCGGAGCUGUCAAUGAUAUGGCGAACACAAUGAUGCAGAAGUUCUGGGAUUCAGCCCUUGCUUUAGAGCCACCAGAUGAUUUUGACACACAUAGUGAAAUGUCUGGACUAAUGGCAUCAGAUGGCACAGAGCAUGGGAAGUAUCCAUCUCUUUGUCUUGGAAAUUCUUUUGCCUUCAAAUUUGAGGAUCUUAAGGGUCGUGUGCAUCGGUUCAAUUGUGGUUCAGAAAGUUUAAAUGAACUGACCUCUGCUGUGAUGCAAAGGAUUGGUGCCUGUAAUGAUCAAGACCACGCUCAGCUUUUGGUAUGUGUUUUGAGUUAUUAUGAGGAUGACGAAGGUGAUAAAAUUCUACUUGCGACUGAUGGUGAUCUUAUUGAUGCUGUAGGCCAUUCUAGAUCAGCUGGAUUGAAGGUUCUUAGGUUGUAUCUAGACUUCUCGGAUUCAAGCCAACAAACAAGUGCGCAAUUGAGUCAAACUGUCCAGAGUAGUGGAUGGACAUCUCUCCACACCGGUGUCCUUGCAGGUGCGGUAGCUAUAACAUGUGUCGGAGUGCUUGUCUACUUGAAGCGCUCUAAAGUAUAACCUCUAGUCACUUCACUACCACGAAAUAGAAUAAACUAGGAAUUGGAGAAGUAAUUGUUCCAAUCAAGGCCACCACCAGCUUCUGGAGAUGGUUUUGUCCGUCCUUCGACGAAAAUUGAGUUGAAAAGUAAAACUGUUCGAAUUCACCAGUGGCAAAGAGAGAUUAUUAUAGGAUUGUAAAUCUUGAAGAACUUGUGGAUGCAAAGAGCAGCUGAAGGUAAAAAUUGGGGCAAUGACUGGAAAAGAACCCGGAGCUGCACUUGUAUCCUUGUGAUAUUUAUUUAUGGUACUAAUUUAUAUGUUGCCCCCCAUAUUUUUCUGGGUAUUCACUGCAUAUAUGAAAAAAAAGGAAGAGUUAUAUGGAUCAUGCUUUAAUAAUUAAAUUUUUGGUUUCAUAAUCUCUGUAUAUGGUAUAGGUAAUCCUUUGGCUUUUCAAUUUGAAAAUACCAAUUGCUGUGUGGUUUUU